AUGGACAGGCACGUCCGGCGGCUGCUGAACCGCGUGGCGAUCGCCCUGGCGGCCGUGGCCACCGCCGCCCUGCUGCACCUGUUCCGCCACCCGUCCACCUCCUGCUUCGGCGGCUCGCUCGCCCGUUCCUCCCUCUCGCUGUCGAUGGCGCCCUUGCCCCGCACCUCCUGCGACGCCGCGUCCCGCCGCGUGGUCGACCCCGACCUCCGCCUGGCCAAGCUCCGGUCCUCCCCGCGCUGGCGGCGGCACAGCGCGGCCCUCUCCGCGUCGGUCAUCGAUCCGCUCCGUCGGCUGCGCCUCCUCCGCGGCUCCUCGCGCGUCCUCUGCCUCGCCGCCGGCGCGGGGCAGGCGGUCGACGCGCUCCGCGUGGCCGGCGUGGGGGACGUCACCGGCGUUGAUCUCGUCGACUUCCCUCCCCUCGUGCGCCGUGCGGACCCGCACAACCUCCCGUUCUUCGAUGACGCCUUCGACCUCGCGCUCUCCAGCGACCCGGCGGCGCUCACCGGCGCGCUUUUCCCGUCCAGGUUCGCGUCCGAGAUCGAGCGCACCGUCCGCCGUGGCGGCGCGAUCGCCAUCGCCGUAGACCGGCACGUCGACCUCUCCGUCAUCUUCUCCCUCUUCAGAAAGUCACGCCUCGUCGAUGUGAGGAAUGCUACCUUGGAUGGCUCCGCGGCCAGCAUAGUUGUCCUCAGCACCAACGCGGAGCGCCUUUGA